UAGCAGAUCUAUGAAGUUUUGACAACGCGUAUUAAAUAAAAAAAAGAAAAGAAAACGAAGAGAGAAAAGAGGAGAAAAGAAAAGAAACGAAUGGGGAACGUAUAGAUUAGAUGAGAUGAUGAUGAGAAUGAGGGAGGACAGGGCGUGAAAAUCAGCCCGAGCUCUGCGGCUCUCCGCUUCUGACGGGUAUCACAGAGACAGAGGAGAGAGACGAUGGAAAAACAGUAGAGAGAGAUACGAACUCGCGUUGGGUAGAGAGAGAAAGAGGAGAGAAGAACAACGUAGGUAGAGAGAGAGAGAGAGAGAGAGAGAGAGAGAGAGAGAGAGUGGCCGUUCCAAUUCCAACGCCCCCACAACGUUUGGUUGGCGGCCAACGAGAUUGUUCGACUAUCCUUUCCCCAGAAAAUCGAGAUUCUAGAUUUCUCUCUGCGUCCUUUUUCGAAUUUUUCCCAGGUAAAAAAAAUAAGAAAAGAGCAAGAGAAUUAAUUAAAUUCUUAAUCAUACAGCUUGCAUUACCAUUUUCUCUCUCCGAAUCUCAUUCUUCUUCUGCUUCCUCGUUUUCCUCUCCCUCGGCUGUUCAUUGAUGCGGUGGUGUUCGCAGAUAUAAAGGUAAUUUAUUUAUUCCUGUAGCUCAGAUUAUUCCGAAUUAUCUUUCUUUAGUAUUUCGAAAAGAUUGAAUUUAGCCGCUGAAUAAGAAGAUGCAGCACAAUCUAUUCACCACUAUGCGUAGUUUGAAGCUUAUAGAUGGAUGUAAGGGGGGCCAAGUCUAUGCCCUGAAUCCUUCUAACCCCACCGCUGCCGCUGGUGGCGGUGGUGCUGCUGCUGUUGGUGGUGGUGGUGGUGGUGUGGGUGUGGGAGAGAAGCUUUUUCACCUCCACGACCAUCUCCGGGACAAUUCAAUUCGUUCGAUUUCGAAUCGUGGUUUCCAGAGCAAUGUUGUGGCCGAAACCCUCCUCCCUUAUGGCCUUCCUGAAACUGAUAUCUUAGAACCACAAAUCGAGCCUUGCCUGAAAUCCGUAGAUUUUAUGGAAACCCUAGCUUAUGUGUAUCGCCGCAUUGAGAAUUGUCCCCAGUUCGAGAAAUAUGGUGCUUAUCUUGAGCAAUGCGCGAUAUUCCGGGGCCUAUGCGAUCCAAAAUUGUUUCGCCGGAGCCUCAGGUCAGCGAGACAACAUGCUGUCGAUGUCCAUACAAAAGUUGUUCUUUCUGCGUGGUUACGGUUUGAAAGGAGAGAAGAUGAACUUGUUGGGUCAUCAUCCAUGGAUUGUUGUGGGCGAAAUCUUGAAUGUCCCAAAGCUAGUUUUGUGUCUGGGUAUGACCCAGAGUCGGUCCAUGAUCCCUGUGUGUGUCGGAACCCUCGGGAAGCAGCUGAAGAUGAAACACUGAUUGUGGAUGAGGAAUGUUCCACUUCCGAGGAGGAUGGUGAUAUGUCAUUUUACGUGGGGAAUGAUGAAGUGAGGUGUUCUCGAUAUAGUAUUGCUGCAUUGUCUAGACCGUUCAGAGCAAUGCUGUAUGGUGGUUUUGCUGAGUCACGGAGAGAGAAGAUAAAUUUUUCACAUAAUGGGAUAUCUGUGAAGGGAAUGAGAGCUGCUGAGGUGUUUAGCAGGACAAAAGAACUAGAUUCUUUUGAUCCAGACAUUAUUUUGGAGCUACUCUCUUUAGCAAACAGGUUCUGUUGCGAGGAGAUGAAGUCGGCUUGCGAUGCCCAUUUGGCAUCUCUGGUUAAUGACAUGGAGAAAGCUAUGUUGCUUAUUGAUUAUGGAUUGGAGGAGACUGCAUAUCUUCUAGUAGCCUCUUGCUUGCAGGUGUUUUUGAGGGAGCUCCCAAAGUCAUUGCACAAUCCAAAUGUGAGGAGAUUUUUUUGUAGUUCGGAGGCUAGGCAAAGAUUGGUUAUGGUGGGUCAUGCGUCUUUUGUAUUGUAUUUCUUCCUCUGCCAGAUAGCUAUAGAAGAUGACAUGAAAUCAAACAUAACAGUGAUGCUGCUGGAGAGGUUGGGAGAGUGUGCGACUGAAAGUUGGCAGAAGCAACUUGCAUUUCACCAAUUGGGUUGCGUUAUGCUUGAGAGGAAAGAGUAUAAGGAUGCCCAGCAUUGGUUUCAAGCAGCAGUUGAUGCAGGUCAUAUUUAUUCCCUUGUGGGUAUUGCAAGGACUAAAGACAAGCGUGGCCACAAGUAUUCAGCAUACAAAUUGAUGAACUCACUCAUCUCGGAUCAUAUGCCUGUUGGGUGGAUGUACCAGGAGCGAUCUUUAUACUGUAUUGGAAAGGAGAAGAUGAUGGAUUUGAAUACUGCAACUGAAUUGGAUCCCACACUUUCCUUUCCGUACAAGUAUAGGGCAGUUUCAAUGGUGGGCGAUAACAAAAUUGGUGCAGCUAUCUCAGAAAUCAAUAAAAUUAUAGGUUUCAGGGUCUCCCCUGACUGUCUUGAGCUGCGUGCUUGGUUUUCAAUAGCUCUAGAAGAUUAUGAAGGAGCUUUAAGGGAUGUCCGGGCACUUUUGACCCUGGAGCCCAAUUACAUGAUGUUCAAUGGGAGAUUGCAUGGAGACCACUUGGUCGAGCUGCUUCGCCAUAGCGUCCAUCAGUGGAGUCAAGCUGAUUGCUGGAUGCAGCUGUAUGAUCGAUGGUCCUCUGUUGAUGAUAUUGGUUCUCUAGCUGUUGUACAUCAUAUGCUGGCAAAUGAUCCUGGAAAGAGCCUUCUGAGAUUUCGGCAGUCUCUUCUUCUUUUGCGGUUAAACUGUCAAAAGGCUGCAAUGCGUAGUCUGCGAUUGGCUAGAAAUCAUUCUACAUCUGAGCAUGAAAGGCUUGUCUAUGAAGGAUGGAUAUUAUACGACACUGGUCAUCGUGAAGAAGCAUUAGCCAAGGCUGAGGAGUCAAUAUCCAUCCAGAGAUCAUUUGAAGCCUUUUUCCUGAAAGCAUAUGCACUGGCAGAUUCAAGUCUUGAUAAUGAGUCUUCUUUGUACGUUAUCCAGCUUUUGGAGGAAGCUCUCAAAUGCCCUUCAGAUGGUCUUCGGAAAGGACAAGCAUUAAAUAAUCUAGGAAGUGUCUAUGUAGACUGUGAUAAGCUUGAUCUUGCUGCUGAUUGUUACAUGAAUGCUCUCAACAUCAAGCAUACACGUGCACACCAGGGACUGGCUCGUGUGUACCAUCUUAAAAAUCAACGUAAAGCUGCAUAUGAUGAGAUGACAAAGCUAUUAGAGAAGGCCCGGAACAAUGCAUCAGCUUAUGAGAAACGUUCAGAAUACUGUGACCGAGAUAUGGCUAAGAGUGACCUUAGUAUGGCAACACAACUAGAUCCCCUGAGAACGUAUCCGUAUAGAUAUAGGGCAGCGGUUCUAAUGGAUGAUCACAAAGAAGCUGAGGCCAUAGCAGAGCUUUCAAAGGCCAUUACUUUCAAACCAGACAUUCAGUUACUUCAUCUUCGAGCUGCAUUCCAUGAUUCAAUGGGUGAUUAUGAUUCUACCCUCCGAGACUGCGAAGCAGCCCUUUGUCUUGAUUCCAGUCACACAGACACACUUGAUCUCUAUCACAAAGCACAGGAGCGGGGUAAUGAACAGCGGAAGUGAGAGUCAGACAGCCAGAUUUUUCUUGCUCAUUUUACAAUCUUUACAUGAGCAAUCUGAUCGUUGCCACCCAAUUUUUUGUCUUGGGUAUAGCUGAGGCCAGUACUUGUCAGUGCAAUUUAUUUUUCUGAAUUUUGUGCUGAGAAACAUUUGGUUUCUGAUUUGCCACUGCUUUUUUGGAAAAAAAAGUUUGCAGAAGAGAGGAUAGAAGAAAAGCAAGACAGCAUGUAAAUAUAUGUAUCUAUUGGGUUGUGGGUUUAAAUCAUUUGGCAAAUUACCAGUGCAAAGUACCGCUGCUGCUGUUGUUGCUGCUGCUUGGAUCUCUGGCACAGAUGGUGCUGCAAAGUAACACGAGCGGAGAAAAAUAUGUACAUGAAGUUUCAUCCUGUGACGAAGCCCACGAGUUAAAAGAGUUUGACAACUAUUGCUGAGGUUUUCCCUGUUGCAUACUCUGUAUAACAUAUUUUCCUCAUUAAGGGCAAAAACAGGGUUUCCUUAGAACUGUCUCUCUGAUGAAACAGUGUCAGAUGCCGCUCUGCAUUGUUAAUGUCUGUUUUAUACUCUGUGCCGUUCAAUUUUCUGUCUUCUCUUUAAUGUUUUAAUUUUUUUGGUAACAGAGGAGUUUGUAAGCUAUUUUAUUAACUGAUUGAGGGUGAACUUCCCACAAAGGUUAAACCAAUUUCAUUGACA